GGAUCCUAAGAAAACCACUGAAAAAGACACUAAGAAAACUGAUAAAGACAUAAAGCAAACCACUGAUCCUAAGAAAACCACUGAAAAAGACAAGAACACCACUGAUAAAAACAUUAAGAAAACUGCUAAUGACACAAAGAAACCCACAGAUAAAGACAGUAAGAGAGUCAGCGAUGAGACAGUAAAACCAACCGAUCAUGACAUCAAGAAAACCUACGAAGAGAAGGCAAAGACAACCUCUAAACAGGGUAAAAGAGUAGUCAAGGACAAGUCUAGUCAAGACAAAAAAGUGGAGAGUGAAAUAGAAGAGGUUGAAGAAAUGGAUAGUCGAACAGUAGUAGUUGAGGGGGCGUCAUCAAAGCCGCAUAACAAGAGAGUUCGAAAAGCGCCAAAGAGCAAGAAAUAUGUGGUAGAUAGCUCGGAUGAGGAAGAUGUAAAGUUGAACCAACAGCCCAGGGUGGAGUUACAACGUUUACGGGAUGAGGAAACCGAUGAAUAUGAGGACUACCAAAGGGGGACAAUCCGUAACCCUAUCAAAAUGGAGAUCCGUUUUAGGUAUUUUGCCAGGGACGGUUCAGUGAUAGAAGAUGAGACAUUGGUAAGUCGAUAUAGCGAUCUCAAAAUAUAAAGAUUCUAGUGUGAUAGAGACUAUUAUGAGGACUUAGAAAAUAUAACCAGAUAUUAUAAGAGACUGUUAUUAGGACUUAGAAAAGAUGAUCAGUUUUUAAUGGAGAGAUAAUUAUCUUGCUUCGUACAUGAGCUGUUUACAAUUAUUUUGUAUGACAAUGAGCUUAUAUCUUGAUUUUAUGGCGAGUAAUUUAAGUACCUGGUGAUAAGUGAUGGGUGAAUUUAUUUUUGUAAUGCUUAUGAUAUCACAUAUGGUAAUGACAGAGUAUGAAGACACUUUAGUAGUUGUGACAUUAAAAUAAGUUAGUUCACAUGAUGACUUAGAAAUUGUAAUGUGGUUGUGCAUGAGUGAAGACAUUUAUUUUUUGUAUAUUGCAUGACACACUUUGUAUAUUGGUAGUUUAUUACAAAUCAUGUCGCUAGAGACUAGUUUAUGAAUCAUGUAAUCAUUUGAAACUUGAGAUAGUACAUUUUUGUUGCAUGUCAUAACUUUUUAUGUUUUGAGUGUAUAAGUCAUG